AUGACCAAAACCAAAGCGCUAUCCAAGGAUGUCAGGGACAAGAUUGUAGACCUACACAAGGGUGGAAUGGGCUACAUGACCAUCGUCAAACAGCUUGAUGAGAGGAUGACUACAGAAGAAGAAGCCGGAGAAGAAGAAGAAGAAGAAGAAGAAGAAGAAGCCGGAGAAGAAGAAGAAGAAGAAGAAGAAGAAGAAGCCGGAGAAGAAGAAGAAGAAGAAGAAGAAGAAGAAGAAGAAGAAGAAGAAGAAGAAGAAGAAGAAGAAGAAGAAGAAGAAGAAGAAGAAGAAGAAGAAGAAGAAGAAGAAGAAGAAGAAGAAGAAGAAGAAGAAGAAGAAGAAGAAGAAGAAGAAGAAGAAGAAGAAGAAGAAGAAGAAGAAGAAGAAGAAGAAGAAGAAGAAGAAGAAGAAGAAGAAGAAGAAGAAGAAGAAGAAGAAGAAGAAGAAGAAGAAGAAGAAGAAGAAGAAGAAGAAGAAGAAGAAGAAGAAGAAGAAGAAGAAGAAGAAGAAGAAGAAGAAGAAGAAGAAGAAGAAGAAGAAGAAGAAGAAGAAGAAGAAGAAGAAGAAGAAGAAGAAGAAGCCGGAGAAGAAGAAGAAGAAGAAGAAGCCGGAGAAGAAGAAGAAGAAGAAGCCGGAGAAGAAGAAGAAGAAGAAGAAGAAGAAGAAGCCGGAGAAGAAGAAGAAGAAGCCGGAGAAGAAGAAGAAGAAGCCGGAGAAGAAGAAGAAGAAGCCGGAGAAGAAGAAGAAGAAGAAGAAGCCGGAGAAGAAGAAGAAGAAGAAGAAGCCGGAGAAGAAGAAGAAGAAGAAGAAGCCGGAGAAGAAGAAGCCGGAGAAGAAGAAGAAGAAGAAGAAGAAGAAGAAGAAGAAGAAGAAGAAGAAGAAGCCGGAGAAGAAGAAGAAGAAGAAGAAGCCGGAGAAGAAGAAGAAGAAGAAGCCGGAGAAGAAGAAGAAGAAGAAGAAGAAGAAGAAGAAGCCGGAGAAGAAGAAGAAGAAGCCGGAGAAGAAGAAGAAGAAGAAGAAGAAGAAGAAGAAGAAGAAGAAGAAGAAGAAGCCGGAGAAGAAGAAGAAGAAGAAGCCGGAGAAGAAGAAGAAGAAGAAGCCGGAGAAGCCGGAGAAGAAGAAGAAGAAGAAGCCGGAGAAGAAGAAGAAGAAGAAGCCGGAGAAGAAGAAGAAGAAGAAGCCGGAGAAGAAGAAGAAGAAGAAGCCGGAGAAGAAGAAGAAGAAGAAGCCGGAGAAGAAGAAGAAGAAGAAGCCGGAGAAGAAGAAGAAGAAGAAGCCGGAGAAGAAGAAGAAGAAGAAGCCGGAGAAGAAGAAGAAGAAGCCGGAGAAGAAGAAGAAGAAGAAGAAGCCGGAGAAGAAGAAGAAGAAGAAGAAGAAGAAGAAGAAGAAGAAGAAGAAGCCGGAGAAGAAGAAGAAGAAGCCGAAGAAGAA